UCUCUCUCUCUCUUUGUGUGAAAGGAAGAGAGAGGAGGAAAGGUCUUGUCUGACAAAGCGAAGAACGUAGGAAAUUUGAGCGGAAGCAGCAGGCAGCAGACGAGAGGCUGGACAUUUAUCGUCUCUCGUUGGGAUACCUCACUGAAAAGAGGGAAGUCCUCGGAAGUGCGAGGAGCAGCGGCGGCAGCGACGGCCCUAAUCAGGCGACGGCCGGCGUCGUCUACGUCAGCUGGCGUUAUCGAAAGCAGGCUUAAUCGGGCGGCAGAUAAGAGAAGGGCGAGCUUGGACGGAAAGGCAGGACGUAGCAGAAGGAAGCCCCCGUUGCGAGCCCGCAAAUUGGAUGGCUUUCUCCCACUCGGAAAUCUGAUGCGCUUCCGAUCUUGAACAGCGUUCCGGAGCUUCCGCUGGGAGGUAAAAGUGUCAAAAGGGACGCUCUUCGACGUCUCCAGAUGCCUCCCCUAGAGGCGCGCUGUGGGAAGGGAGAGGUUGGGAGGGUCGGGAUUGCUCUGGCUCAGGAGAACCGGUAGAGGUGGAGCCAACUCUCUGUAGAAGGUAGGUAUUAUCCAGGCCGUCAAACUGGGGAGUUAUUUCGCUCCAUCCAAUCAUUAUCCUUCAAUUAAUAUAUCUCUCUCUCUCAUCGAUUCCCCUCCUUCAUUCCUUCAAUUCCGUUAAGCCUGUCUAAUCUCCGCCGCCUCUCUCGCUUUUUUCCUCCGGAGUUUAGAUUUGUUUCCGUUUUUCUUCGCCGGGCUUAAAUUCUCCCGCUUCUUUUCAACCUUCGGGGUUUCUCCUUCAUUUUUCUUUUUCCCUUUCGUGGGUUGGUUUGCGGCUUCUUCUCUAGUUGAGUUGAGAGAGUUGUACCGACAAGGGCGUGCAUGUUCUGAAUCGGUGGCCGGGGUUUCAUCUUACAUGGUGGCACACGAGGGGAACUCCGGGGAAUACCAUCGGGCAAUGGAGGCUGGGUUCGGCAAUCUGAUCCACAGAAUGGAGGGGCUUGUCGUUUCUGGCGAUGGUGACGAGUCGUCUUCUGGAGAGAAUCACUUUCAAGUUCUUAAGGCGAUCGAGGCAGCAGAAUUGACGAUUCAGAAGCUGCUAAUUGAGAACAAGAGCUUGAAGACUGAACUGCAUGCUACGAGGCAUGAAAUUGAUAACUAUGGAACUGAAACAACGUUGGACCAUCCUGCUGUUGGCUCAAGAGAUGCACAUGGCCAUUCACAGGGAAGCUAUGCAUUGCAGAAUUCUGGUUCCACAAUCAUACAGGAAAUAGAAAAAAAUAUUUUUUCUGGAGAUAGUCCUCAAAAGAGUUCACCGGGCACAUUGGUUGUUUGUCAAGAUAUUCAUCGAAACAUUGAUGAUUGUUCUUUACAUGUAUAUUCUGCCCAAAGCUAUGAUCAGGCUUGCAAUUCAAAUGGAACAUUGACUAGAUUUGCUGAUGAAUUAAUUGCUGCAGAAAAUUCUGGUUUCUCUCAAGUGCCGUCAUCGCCCUCAAGAAACCAGAAUGAAGAGGAGUAUAAUCUUAGUUCUAAUGUGCUUACACAUGGAAUGAUGCAAGUAUCUGAUGCAGGCAAUUUGGAUUUGGUUCCCAAAAUUAGAGAACGUGAUGAGGAGAUAAUGCAGUUGAAAAAUUAUAUUGCUGAUUAUGCUAUGAAGGAGGCACAAAUCCGCAAUGAGAAAUGUAUACUGGAGAAAAAAAUUUCUUAUAUGCGCACUGCACUUGACCAGCAACAACAGGAUUUAGUGGAUGCUGUUUCCAAAGCUACCUCUUACCGGCUGGACAUACUUGAUGAGAACAUAAGGCUAUCCCUUGCAUUGCAAGUUGCACGACAGGAGUGCUCCAUUUUUGUUUCUUCCUUGUUUCAUCUUCUUGCUGAAUUUGAUAUGAAGCCACAGGCCAUGGAUGCCCAGUCCAUUGUUGGUAACCUCAAGAUUCUGAUUGAAAAUUUGCGUCAGCAAAUUAAUUUCAGUGAGAUGAAUCUCAAAGGAUCCCAAUAUGAGCUGGUGCCCUGCCGAACUGAUCAAUCUGGCAACACAUUUCCUCUGCAGAUCUCAUCACAUCAGAUUGUGAUGUUUCAGAGCAGUGGUCUUGAUAUGGUACCUCAACAAAUGUACUCUCAACCACAAACAUCAACACCUUCUCUCAGUGCUGUGGCAGCAAGAGACAAUGGGGAGAACUCUGGGAACCAUCAAUAUGAACCUGUCUCAAUGCAUCUUGUUACAAGAAGUCCGACACGUGAUGAUCAAGGAUCCUCAUCUUCUAGAACUGGUUUCAGUUUGGGAAAUGCUGUGGAGAAUAGCGUAUCAACCCAUUCUUUUGUUACUCAGGCUAGUACUCAUGCACUGCAGCAAAGUGAAAUAUACACUGACAGGAAUCAUUUGUAUAGUUCUUUUGUUCACGAGGCAAUGGAUGGUGCUAAUUUGCUUGUGCAGCAGAGACCUACAGGCGUUGCAUCUGCACUGGAGGAUCCAAGCACUUCAUUCUAUUCUCCUCAUUUGCCACCUGUAUCUGAGGAACCUAGCUCCUCUUGUUCAGAAGCCGCUGAUGAUGAGCUUUUACCAGCCAUAGAGGGUCUCCAAAUCCGUGGUGAAGCAUUCCCAGGGAAUCAAAUUGAGGCGUGUGGCUAUUCUAUUAAUGGCACUGCUGCAUGUAACUGUGCGUGGAUACGAGAAGCUGAGGAUGGUUCUGUUACAUACAUCACAGGUGCCAACCAACCUGCUUAUGUUGUCACUGCUGAUGAUGUUGACUCGCGACUUGCUAUUGAAAUAGUUCCAAUGGAUAACCAGAAAAGGAAGGGUGAUCUUAUUAGGGAGUUCGCUAAUGGCAAAAAGAAGAUCACAUGUGAACCCUCGAUGCAGGAAAAAUUUCAGAAAAUACUAUCUGAUAGACAUGCUUCCUUUUCAGUUUUAUUAUCGAAUGGGCUAAUGGACAUCUGGGGGUCAGCUACGUUGAACAUCAAGAGCGAAGGAUAUACUAUCAAAUGCAAUGAGCCUCGUGUAGCCGAUUCACAAAAAUUCUCAGAUAAUAUCUAUAUAGAAAUUCCUUAUGGCCAUAGCACAGAGUUUUUGAUCCAGAGUUCUAGGAGCGCACUUAUUUUACGUGCUCAAGAUAAUUGGCACAGGGAUCUCAUUGUUCUCACCUUGAGAUUGUUCCAAAAAUUGGCUCUGCAGCAUAAAAGAAAAGGAAAGAAGAAAAUGCUUUUUUUUUAACUUAAUGGUGGUAAGCUGGAUCUGGUUCUGAUGGCAGGUAUAUAAUCCUAGAGCAUGAUUUUUUGUGGAUCUUCUACCAAUUGAUGUUGCAAAAUGUAUAUAUGUUGUAUCAUCAUUGACCUUGUAAUUUAGUAUUCCAUAUUUUUUCCCGUGGUGGAGUUUAUUUUUCAUGGUCGAACUUGCAUUCUUUCCAUGUUGGCCUACUAACAGGCGCAUGCUUUUGAUUCUGCAUCAAUCUUGCAUUAGCCUUCUUCUCCCUGGUGAGUAAUGUGACAACAGUACUUUUUCCUCCGAAUUUCUGGAGGAACAAUUAUGGAAUUGUAAAUACCCGGAAGUUUGUAAGCUACACAUUUAUUAGUAAACGUUGAAAAGGUGCAUUAUUUUGCAA